GGCGGGGUGGGGCGCGGGGCGGGCGGGAAGAUGGCGGUGUCGGCGCUGCAGCUGUCCGAGCUGGCCCUGCACGGCACCGCCUUCCUCUGCGGGAUCAUCAGCGCGGCGGCCCUGACCGUCACGCAGGGCGCCUUCGGCGGCCGCUGCGUCCUCUACGGGGCCGCGGCGCGGAACGGCACCGCGCUGGCGCUGGAGUCCUCCGGCCCCGCGUCCCUCUGCUACUUCGUCUCGGGCGUCUCCGUCCUGGCGGCUCUCUACUGCUUCGCGGCGCUGCUCCACGGCAUCUACCGCUGCUGCCUGGACGAGGGCCGGGGGGGCCGCGCCGGGCUCGGCGUCGCCCUGGCCGUCACCGCCGCCAUCCUCUUCCUCCUGCUCGUCGCCGCCGGCGUGCUGCGCGCCGGGAUGGAUGCGCUGUGCGCCUCGGCGGUGCGGGCCGCCGGCCUGAGCAGCUGCCGGGAGGCGCAGCGGAGGCCGUGGCCGUCCCGCGACGCCGGCCGCUUCUACAGCAACCUCUACAGCGCCCAGGCGGCGGCCUGGGUGAGCGUGGCCGCGUGGGGCGGGCUGCUGGCGCUGCUGGCGCUGCGGCGGCGGCGGGAGGCCCCGUUCGCGCUGCUGCGGCGCGGGGACCCCGAGUGGAGCGCCGAGACGGAGGCCAUCUUCGGGGGACGCCCGGCGAGGCCGUGACGGCGGGGCCGGCGGCGAGGACGUGCGGGCCGGGGAGCCGGGGCCGCCAGCGGCGGGGUAGAACCGCCGAGGAUGGGACCCCGUCUCUGGCGCUCGCUCUCGGUUGCUCUCCCCCCGCUCUGCCUCUGUCACCUGCCGGUACCGGU